AAUAAAUAUAAUCAAGUUAUAAAAUUAUAUCGAUUAUGCGGCAUGACUUGCAUUUUGAUGUAAUAUCUAUUUAAAUCUAUUAUUUAUAGGCGCAAAUAUGGAGAAGUUGCUUCAAUAAGUUUAAGAAAAGUUUUAAUGAUAGAUUCUACAGUUGUAUCGACUGAUAACAGUGCACACGUUUCAUAACUACUGCACCAUUAUUACAAAACAAGCUUGAGAGUUAAUACUGUAUACAUUUUUAUCGUACUAUUUAUUGUGAUUAUUAUCAAUCGAUAAUUAAAUCAACUAUUAUCACCAAUUAUGAUGUAUUCGAUAUCAGAAGUGAGUGGGUCUAAAUGAAUACACUCCGUAGUAUAGUUGGUUGCAUAUCUCCUAGUAGCCAUUAAAUUUUAGUUUAACGCUUAUAGUUGGUUGCAUAUGUCUACAUAUAUUCAUGUACAGGCACACAAAAUUAUUGAAAAGUGUUGAGGAUUAAGUGCUAUAUACCAAGGUCUUCGGUUAGGUUAGGUUACGUGCCAUGCACCACCGAAAAUGGCACCGUUCAAAUUUGAACGGAUUAAGACUGGUAUGGUAUAAUGUCGUCAUAUCUAUAAGAAAAAAAGCGUGCCAAUAAUUUCCUAGUAAAUAACUAACAGUAAAGACCCGUAUCGGCGUCUAAACAGCAUUUCUCCAAACGAAAUCGUUUAAUUUGUUUAUUGCAACUAAAACAUCUACCGUUCCAUAAGUUCGAGCACGUACGUACAACUACUGAAAACAUGACUUUAUAAAAUGGUUGUAACUAGCAUAUUUAUUGGAAGAAUACAAUUAGGUCACAAUAAAAACAAACUAUGGCCCCAAGUCGUUACCGUAUUUGCUGUUUCCCUUCAUGCCUGUUUUAUGGGACUGGCGACAGGUUGGACGUCUCCAUCCAUUCCAAAAUUAGUCGCUCAAGAUUCGUAUAUUCCCAUGUCGUUUGAGAAGGCCUCGUACUUUGCGAUUCUUCAGGCAUUAUCCAUGAUCUUGUUUAGUCCCGUGGGAGCAAUCCUGGGCGAUAUUAUUGGUCGUAAGAAGGCGGCCAUCUGCAUCUCCAUACUGGAACUGGUUUCUUGGAUCCUGGUUGCAUACGCGAAGGAUGCUUGGGUGCUUCUUGCGUCACGAAUUCCUGCCGGGAUGGCCGAUGCCAUCUUUCUAUUCACCCUUCCAGUGUAUAUCGCAGAAGUCACCGAGAAGCAUAUAAGGGGCAGGUUAGGGAUUAUGGUCCAACUAAACUUUUGCAUCGGGAACCUCAUAAUCAACCUGGUAGGCUACUACCUGAGCAUACCAAAAACUGCUUUACUUAUGGCUCUGCUACCAUUCGUGCACAUUUUCGUAUUCUACAUGAUGCCGGAAUCUCCUUAUUGGCUAGUUCACAAGAAUCGUUCGGAGGAAGCCAGAAAACACUUGCAACUGUUGAGAUGGAGAGAAGAUGUGGACGAUGAAUUUAAUGAGAUUUCGAAAGCGAUCGAGAAACAAUUUAAUGAGAAGGAAUCUUAUAGGGAAUUGUUUGCAGUGAGUUACAAUAGGAAAGCAUUUCUCAUUGCUCUGAUAGCAAGAAUUUCUCAACAGCUGUCGGGAUCGACGGCGAUUUCCGGUUUUAUGCAAUACAUUUUUGAGGAAGUUGGAGGAGAAAUGUCUCGCCACGUGUCUGCAACAAUAUGUGCUUCGUUAUCGGUUUUAAUAAUUUUAUUAUCUGUUCCCGUCAUAGACAAUUACGGUCGGAAGCCGUUGAUACUAUUAUCGAGCGGGGGUUGUUCCGCAGUACUGUUUGGACUGGCAAUAUUUUUUUAUUUAAAAUAUCUUUAUGAUAUACGGGCUGUAAGCUGGUUACCACUUGUAUUUAUGUUAUCGUUCAUUGCGUUUUAUUCAGCCGGUCUCUCUAUGAUCCCCACGAUGAUGCUGGGAGAAAUUUUUUCCGCAAACGUCAAGUCGAAAGCCGUAAUACUUAUUACGUUUGUUUACGGCGGUGGUGCAAUGUUCGCAACGAAAAUUUUUCAGGUGUUGGUUGAUCAUGUGGGAUUCUAUGCUCCUUUUCUAUUCUUUGGCAUCACCACCGCUAUUUUUACAACAAUUUUAUACUGCACGUUCGUAGAAACAAAGAACAAAAGCCUGGACGAGAUACAGGAUAUGUUAAAAAAUCAAAAUAAAUAAUGAUACAAUGAUACAAUUAUUAUAUUCUAUGUGAUCACCGCUAUUACUUAAAUAAAAGAAUUUUGUAACUUAUUUU